GAAGGCCUUCAAGAGAAAUGAUGUUAGUCGAGGUAGUUUAUUCCCAAUCCCCUCCCUCACACAAGUAUUCCGCAGUACAAUUGUUUUUUAAUGCAGUAGUACAAUAGAUAGUUCGUAUGUAUGGGUUAAGCCCACUGCCAUAGAGUGUGCAAUUAAUUAUCUUCAUUGAUUCAGUACAUAUACAUAACACACGGCCACCAGAGAAGCUGAAGAUUUGCAUUUGAGAUCACCAGUCAAUUUUCAUGGACAUGAACUUCAAUAAUUCAUCUCCUGUAUCUUACCAUCUUCCCACCAAUGGCCUUCUCAUUCCAUCUGGGAUUGAUGGUGAUUAUCACAAUGGAAAUAUGAAGUCAAGUAAUGAAGCUGAGGAAAUGUUUUGGGGGGCUAGCAAUAGCAUGAUGCCAUUGAUUUUUGACUAUUGUGAGCCUAAUGGCAGCAUCCAAUGGGGUGCUAUUGAGGAUCAAGAAAAUGGGUUAUAUGAUGAAAGUUCAGAUGAAUUUAGAAUGUUCAAAUUCAAGGUGGUAAUAUGCACUAAGGAGAGCAGCCAUGAUUGGACAGAAUGCCCAUUUGCUCACAGAGGAGAAAGGGCUAGAAGAAGACCCCCUAGUCUCUACUGUGGAGAAACUUGCCCUGAUUACAAGAAGGGGUAUUGUAGAAAGGGCAUGACUUGUGAAUUUGCUCAUGGGUUGUUUGAGACAUGGCUUCAUCCUCAGAGAUACAGAACACAACGGUGCAAGGAUGGUAUUUACUGUAAUAGAAGAGUGUGUUUUUUUGCACACAGUGAAGGAGAACUUCGUUGCACUUCAGACCCUAGAAGUCCCUGCAAGAUGAGAAAAACACAACAGUCUAUAUCACCAAAGACUGUGUAUAACAGUUCUAAUAGUCCAAGGAGUAUUAGGUAUGCAUGUAGUAGUAUUGCUUUUGUACCACAGACUUAUGGCUUAGGUCUUCAGCAGGAGAGCAGUCCAAGGGGUGCUGCAGUGCCAAGGAUGAUUAAUUCUUCCUCUUACAUUACUUGUCCCUCUCCAAGUGCUACCUCUGUUUCAUCUGGGUCUGUUCAAGGUUAUAAGAUGGAUUGUUCUUGUGACCUUGGAGAUGUUAUUGCUGCAUUGAGGAAUGUUGAUUUGAGUCAUCAUGAUGAAUUCAAUUACAGUGUUAAUAAGUCUGUGCUGCAAAACCAUAUUGGUGGGGAUCAGUGCAGCAUAGAGAGGUCAUUGGAAAUUGGGGCUAAUUGUGGAUUUCUGGGCUUAGACUCAGGAAAGGAGCUCAGGCCUAAGAUCUACAACAAAUUUCUGAAAGACCAGCUAAAGCAGGAGCAUGGUUUUUGUGGUGCUGCCGAUCAGCCAGAUCUUGCAUGGGUCAAGGAGCUGGUUGAGGAAGUAUGAAAAAAUCUUUGCAUGGAAUAAAGAGAGGCUUUAGGUUUUAAAAUUUCAGAAAACUUGCUGUGGUUCCGAGAAUACCAUAGACACUCAUGGUGGAGAUUUCAAAGCAAUAUUAUGUUGUCAAAGAGCAUAGGUUACAUUCAAGCUUCAGGUUAUGGCACAUAAUUCAAAUAAUGAUUUGGUAUAUAUUAUAUGUUUCUAAAGCUGGUCAAUCUUUGGCAAAGGAAGGUCAUGAAAGACAUGAUCACAUUUUCUAGCAAAUUAUGAGAUUUUUGUUCUCAAAUAGUAAUCUAUGAGAACAAUAUGAACUAUUGUUCUCCUAUUAAUAUGGUGUAUAUAUACAAUGGAUCACACUGAAAUAUUGUUGCUACAUCUCAAUGUCAAACAGCCAAGUAAAUAGCAAAAGCCACAUAGGCAAAGCUCUCUUAUAUUAAUAAAAAGGAAAGUGAAUGUAUCAAUUGCUUCUAUGGUAGAUGUUUCUUAUUAUUACUUGUA